UUAAUUUUACAGACAACAAAGGUAUAGAGUAAAUUGAUGUUGAUGUUUUUUUCAAAAUUAUUUAAAUUUAAAAGUGAUUUAUUAAAUUAAUGCGAGUUCGGGAUAUGAAUUCCAACCGACCGUCUAUUGGAUCUUGGAUUGGUAAUCCAAUACAAAAUCCUAAUUUACUUCAAGUACCAUUACCUGGUCCAAUACAAGCGCCAGUUCAAGCUCCAUUGUCGGGUCAAUUAACUGAUCCUGGUUCCCAUACGACCGUGCUUACUGGUCCUAAUCGUAAUCCUGGAGCUCUUCAUAUACAAACUAUCCCAGCUAGAUCAUCAGGUCAGUCUCUGACAGUUACCCCAACUGAUCUAAAUGCUCCAUUGAGACCCAACAUUGAAAUCAUUCAAGAGCCAAUAAAGACAACCUUAACAGUUCACACCGCACCAGCCCAUGGACAUCAAGUACAUAUUUCAUCAACACCUCAACCCCAUCAUAAUAGCUCUUCAAUAUCAGCUAAUCCCCAAUCGGUAGCUGUUGCCAGUGCUGUAGCCACAAGUAUUGGAAUUGGAGGUGCUGCAUCUACUGCUGGUGUAAGUGGUGAUGCUAGCAAUAGGACAACCACUGUUUCCGCAACGAGCCACCAAUCUCAACAACAGUUUCAAAGGUUAAAAGUAGAAGAUGCUCUAUCUUAUUUGGAUCAAGUUAAAUUUAAAUUCAAUAACCAACCUCAAGUUUACAAUGAUUUUCUGGAUAUAAUGAAAGAAUUUAAAUCACAAAGUAUAGAUACUCCUGGAGUUAUUCAACGAGUAUCUCAUCUGUUUCAGGGUCACAACGAACUUAUUGUCGGUUUCAACACUUUUCUACCACCUGGUUACAAAAUUGAAAUGCAGUCAAAUGAUCAAGUUAAUGUCAGCAUGCCAUCCAGCACCAGCAUCCUCAUCAUUCAUAAUUCAACUUCUAACUCAGUCACCACUAACCCUCAAAUGUUGCAUCUUCCCAGUUCUACACCCUCUCAAAAUUCAGUCCAAGCUUCUCCACACCAUCCUGGUGUUCAUUUGACCACCACCAAUAAUUUACCUGGUCAAAUGAAUAAAACCAUCUACUCUUCUCCAUCCUCUUCAACAAACUAUCAACACAAUCCAAAUAUCUCUAUUUCAUCCAGAUCUGUUUCGUCUGAUUCUCAUAAUACAACUCUCUCUCACUCAUCUGUGGCAUCACAACUAACCAACGUUCCGGCUACUCCACCUAUUGCUCCAAGUUCGCGAACAGUAUCAAUGCCAGUUAAUGUACCACCAUCUGCAAGUAUAGUAGGGUCUAUGGGAACUGGUCCUGGUCCAGGUAUCUCAGGAAGUGGUGGUGGUGGUGGGGGUAAUAACAAUAGUUCUAAUCUGAGUUCUUCGUGUGCCCCUGGCACAGGUGGAGAUGCCAAUUCUAGUAGUGCUCAACCUGUAGAGUUUAAUCAUGCUAUAAAUUACGUGAACAAGAUAAAGAAUCGUUUCCAGGGUCAACCAGAAGUUUACAAACAAUUUUUGGAGAUCUUACAUGCCUAUCAAAAAGAGCAAAAGUGUCUAAAAGAAGGAAUCAAACCCGAUUCGAAACCUCUCAAUGAAAGUCAAGUUUAUGCACAAGUUGCUAAACUUUUUCAAAAUCAAGAAGAUCUUCUUCAAGAGUUUGGCCAAUUUUUACCUGAUGCCAAUGCUGCUGCUGUAAGCUCAAGUAACUCUGUUUUUCCUGGUGUCUCCCAAGGUGUUAGUUCUGGCUUGCAUCAUAACUCAUCAGCUGGUUCUGCCAUAUCUACAGCCAUCUCUGCAGCUCAUCAUGUUGACAAUCUCGCUGCCGCUCACCGUGCAGCUACUAAUGAUCACGGUGCUAUUGUGAAGAAACCUUUGGCUCGACCCGGUGGAACUGUUCUUGGAUCCAAUAUCACUACAUCUAUGGGUAUUCAAAUAAGGAGACAGCAGGCGAGUGUACAAUCUAUGAAUAAGCCCAAGAUGACCUCCUUACGAGAUGUCAGCUUAGCCGAAGCUGGAAAAUAUGGUAGCCUAAAUGAAUAUGCAUAUUUUGAUAAGGUCCGUAAAGCUCUGAGAAGUCAAGAAGUGUAUGAAAACUUUUUACGUUGCUUGUUUCUCUAUAAUCAUGAAAUUGUAUCUCGUAAUGAGCUCGUUUUGUUGGUCACACCGUUUUUGGGCAAAUUUCCUGAAUUAUUGAAAUAUUUCAAAGAUUUUCUGGGCUACAAAGAUGGUAAUUCCAAUGCAAACAGCUAUUCCAACUUUUCUAUGUCUUCUACAAAUAACAAUAAUAUGUUUAUGGAAGGAUUGUCGCAGCGAGUGGUUGGUAUCAGAGAAAGAGAUAGAGAAAGAUUGAAUCAAGAAGGGUCAGGUAUGGAAAUUGAUUACGCUACCUGCAAAAGAUAUGGUGCAUCAUAUCGAGCAUUACCCAAAAACUAUAUUCAACCCGAGUGUUCUGGUAGAACACCAUUGUGUAAAGAAGUUUUAAAUGAUACUUGGGUAUCAUUUCCCUCUUGGUCUGAAGAUUCUACUUUUGUUACUUCUAAGAAAACUCAAUAUGAAGAAUUUAUUUAUCGUUGUGAAGAUGAACGUUUUGAGUUGGAUGUUGUUAUUGAAACUAAUUUGUCGACGAUCCGAGUAUUGGAAGCUGUUCAAAAAAGGUUAAGUCGCAUGACGCCUGAUGAAAGAAAUAAAUUCAAGUUAGACGAUUGUCUUGGUGGUACUUCGGCCAUUAUUCAUCAACGUUCCAUUCGAAGGAUUUAUGGAGAUAAAGCUCCUGAAAUUAUUGAAGGACUGAAAAAGAACCCGAAUAUAGCUGUACCUCUCGUUUUGAGGCGAUUAAAAAACAAAGAAGAAGAAUGGAAAGAAGCUCAGAAACAAUUUAACAAGAUUUGGCGCGAGCAAAGUGAAAAAUAUUACCUAAAAUCCCUGGAUCAUCAAGGUAUUUCAUUUAAGCAGAAUGACAUCAAAUAUUUGCGUUCCAAAAGUUUGUUAAACGAGAUUGAGACUUUUUAUGAGGAAAGGCAUGAACAAAAUGAGGAAAACAUUGCUGCUGCUGGAGAAGGAACUGGCAAUAACAAUAAUAAUGGUCAGAAUAUUGCUUCUGGACCUCAUAUGACAUUAACUUACAAAAACAAAGCCAUGAUCGAAGAAGCAUGUAAUCUAAUUAUCCACCACGUGAAAAGACAAACCUCCAUUCACAAAGAAGAUAAGCAAAAAAUAAAGCAGCUAUUGAAGCAUUUUAUACCUGAUCUUUUUGCCACCCAAAGAGGAGAUUUAAGUGAUGAUGAAUUGGAAGACUUUGAGAUGGACAAAAAGAUUGACACUUUUAAUGAUAAUCGACCCAAUAAGGAUAACACGAGUACCAUUUGUAUACCAGUUAAUCUUCCCACUGUUAAAGAUUGUAAAACUAAAUGUGAUGGAGAUGUUACCAUUGUUACCUCAGUGAAUCCGUUGACUACCGAGAGUGGACAGUGUGUUAAUGGUAAUAACUCUAGUGGUGGUCAAGCUAAAAACGUAAAUCCUAUGUUGAAUAACGAUCCCGAUGAUAGUUAUGCAUUAUUCUUUGUCAAUAGCUAUUGGUAUCUAUUUUUCCGACUUCAUUUUAUUUUAUGCGAUCGAUUGGCUCAAAUGCAUGAAAGAGCCAUGAUUUUGAUUGCAGAAGAAGAAAAAGAAAAAACUCUGAGAAAAGAAUCAACUGCUGCAGCUCUCAGAUUGAAACCUAAAAUUUUCCUCACAGAUGAUUACGAGGUAGAGGAGUAUUUCCCUGCUCUCAUUGAUAUGGUGAAACAAGUUUUGGAUGGUAAUUUGGAUUUUAAUCAAUUCGAAGAUCAACUAAGAGAAAUGUUUGGAAUUCAUGCCUACAUAGCUUUCACUUUAGAUAAAGUUGUACAAAAUAUAGUUAGGCAGUUACAACAUAUUGUUGGUGAUGAAGCAUGUAUUCAGUGUACCGAAAUGUUCGUCGAAGAAAGCAAAAAUGGUGCCACCGGUGGACCCUGUGCAUCUCAUCAUUUACGUGCUAAUGCAGAAGCAUUGUAUCAAAAGAAGGCUGAACAACUUGUUGGAGAAGAAAACUGUUACAAAAUAAUUAUCUAUAAAGGUGAAGGUAAAGUUACAAUUGAGUUAAUUGUAACAGAUUCAGUUGAAAGCGAAGAUGGUGAGGUUGAAAAAUGGUCGGAAUAUGUUGAAAAAUAUGUUAAAGAAGUAGAAAAUGAAAUAAGCGAUGAGCUUAAAGAAAGGUUAUCCCGUAAACCUGUUUUUUUACCCCGAAAUAUCCGCAUGUGGAGGUACAAGGCUAAAGAGAAAGAAGAAAGAGCUAAUGAAUUAAAAGGAGAUUUGAACAGUGGUCUUCAAGUUGUCGAUGAUACUCAAUGUAAAUUUAAUGUAAACUCAUAUAAAAUGGUUUUUGUUGUACAAAGUGAAAGUUAUCUGUGCAAAAGAAAUGCAUUAACGAAAGCUCGUAAGACACAUAAAAAAGUUUCGAGAAGACUUCAUGCCAAGUUUAAUCAAUUUCAUCAAAAUUGGGUUGAAAAAGAAGUCACCAAUGAACAACGAGACGAAUGUGAAGACUGGUUAAUGGGCCAUAUCUAUGAUGAUGAAGAUGAAGAUGUAAUUAUGAAAAGUGAUGGAAUCGAAGAGACUCCAGUCGAGGAAAGUCCGAUUGAAAAUAAAACAAAAUUAGAUAGUUUAGAUUCAUUAGCUACGGGUACAACAACAACAUCAACUACAUCUAUAUCAACAAUAACUACUCCAACAGCAACUACAACGAUUAAGCCAACUUCAUCUUCUUUGGCCACUAUUGUAACACCAAUAGUAGUAGGAAGUACAGCAAUAACAAUUACGACAACAACUUUAACAACACCAGUAACAACAUCAACAAUAUCAACGUUGCCACCUCCACCACCAACAACAACAACAACCACAACAGCAACAUUAAUAACGACUGUACCUCCACCGCCAUCGAUGCCACAAAAACCGGCCAAUGAACCAUUUAAGAGAAAAACUCGGCGCUUACUGUUCGAUAAUCCAAAUAACAGACCUUACAGACCCUUUUGUAAAUAUUCAACUCAAUGUAAAUAGAUAAGGAUAACACGCAACAUCCAUAUAUACAUGCACAGUAACAUCUCUCACCUUCUUCUGAAAUACAAAUCAAAGCAACUUGAUCUUUAUUCAGAAGAAGAUUUUUUGUCUUGAAAAAUGAAUCAUUUUUGUUCAAAAACGGUUGAUAUUUAUCCUCUCUUUAUUGCUCGCGUUCAUUUUGUCCACCUUCAAUCCUCCUGAAUCCCAACCCUUUAUUGUAUCCAGAGCUCUGUGUUUCUUCACAAUUUUUUUCGUGUUUAUUAUUCCUCAAAAAUUUGAAGAAACUCAUCUAAUUUAUUAAAGUCAAUUGCAAAAUAUAUAUAAUUAAAAUACAUGUAUCUCAUCAA